AGGCUUGUUUGAGUCUCACCGAGACACACCGAGAGGCAGGGAGAAGAGUCGCUGAGUUUGUGUUCACAAGGAAACUUUGACCUGCUUUGCAGUUACCCUCGAACCAGCUGUUGAGAAAUCCCGGGUCCCGAGGAAUCGAAAUGCUGUACCUGCGUUUCGUGAGAGGAGGAGGGCUCAGUUUCCUGGGGCUGAAGCGAGUGUCCCUCCUCAGCCAUGCCUACCAGAGCUCCCAGCACAUCCAGUACAAGCCCAUCAAGAAAGUCAUGGUGGCCAACCGGGGAGAGAUUGCGAUCCGGGUUUUCCGGGCCUGUACGGAGCUGGGGAUCCGCACGGUGGCCGUGUAUUCAGAGCAGGACACCGGGCAGAUGCACAGGCAGAAGGCUGACGAAGCCUACCUCAUCGGGAAGGGACUGCCCCCUGUGGCGGCUUAUCUGCACAUCCCCGACAUCAUCAAAGUGGCCAAGGAGAAUGGAGUCGAUGCCAUCCACCCUGGUUAUGGCUUCCUCUCGGAGCGUUCCGACUUCGCCCAGGCGUGCAACGACGCGGGUGUGAGGUUCAUCGGGCCCUCCCCCGAAGUGGUGAGGAAGAUGGGAGACAAGGUGGAGGCGCGGGCCAUCGCCAUCAACGCAGGGGUACCGGUGGUCCCUGGCACAAACGCUCCCAUCUCCGCUCUGACUGAGGCGCAGGAGUUUGCAAACAAGUACAGCCUCCCCAUCAUCUUCAAGGCAGCCUAUGGCGGAGGGGGGCGAGGCAUGAGGGUGGUGCGCAGCUACGAGGAGCUGGAGGAGAAUUACACACGGGCUUACUCAGAGGCGCUGGCAGCGUUCGGGAACGGAGCCCUCUUCGUGGAGAAAUUCAUCGAGCGACCCAGGCACAUCGAAGUUCAGAUACUGGGUGAUAAGUUUGGGAACGUGGUUCACCUGUACGAGCGAGACUGCUCCAUCCAGAGGAGGCAUCAGAAGGUGGUGGAGAUCGCGCCGGCCGCUCAGCUCGAACCCCUGCUCCGGAACAGACUGACCAGCGACGCGGUCAAACUCGCCAAGCAGGUGGGCUAUGAGAACGCCGGCACAGUGGAGUUCCUGGUGGAUAAACAUGGGAAGCAUUACUUCAUUGAGGUGAACUCCAGGCUGCAGGUGGAGCACACAGUCACGGAAGAGAUCACAGAGGUUUUCCGUAGCGGUGAGGGGAUGGGCAUCAGACUGGACAGUGCCUCUGCCUUCCAGGGAGCGGUCAUCUCUCCGCACUACGACUCCCUGCUGGUCAAGGUCAUCGCCCACGGCAAGGACCACCAGACGGCCGCCAGCAAAAUGAGCCGCGCGCUGGCGGAGUUCCGAAUCCGCGGCGUCAAGACGAACAUUCCCUUCCUCCAGAACGUCCUCAGCAAUGACCAGUUCCUGCACGACACAGUGGACACCCAAUUCAUUGAUGAGAACCCGGACCUGUUCAACCUGAAACCGGUUCAGAACCGGGCCCAGAAGCUGCUCCACUAUCUGGGUCACGUGAUGGUGAAUGGGCCCACCACCCCCAUUCCGGUCAAGGCAAAAGCAUCCAGUGUUGACCCAGUGGUUCCUUUGAACCCCUUGGGAGACCCCCCGAAGGGCUUGCGGGACGUUCUCCUCAGGGAAGGUCCGGAAGGGUUUGCCCGGGCCGUGAGGAGGAACAAGGGGCUGCUGUUGAUGGACACCACUUUCCGGGACGCCCACCAGUCCCUGCUGGCCACCCGCGUACGAACCCACGACCUGAAGCCUAUCGCACCCUUUGUCUCGCACAACUUCAGCAAUCUGUUCAGCAUGGAGAACUGGGGAGGCGCUACCUUUGACGUGUCGAUGCGCUUCCUGUACGAGUGCCCGUGGCGGCGUCUGCAGGAGCUGCGCUGCCUCGUUCCCAACGUCCCGUUCCAGAUGCUGCUGCGGGGCGCCAACGCAGUGGGGUACACCAACUACCCCGACAACGCCGUCUUCAAGUUCUGCGAGGUGGCGAAGGAGAAUGGGAUGGAUAUCUUCCGUGUGUUCGACUCUCUCAACUACCUACCCAACAUGAUCCUGGGCAUGGAGGCAGCAGGCCAGGCUGGGGGGGUGGUAGAAGCUGCCAUCUCCUACACGGGCGAUGUGUCCGACCCCAGCCGCACCAAAUACUCCCUCGACUAUUACAUCAAACUGGCCGAGGAGCUCGUGAAGGCUGGCACGCACAUCCUCUGCAUCAAAGACAUGGCUGGGCUGCUGAAGCCCAACGCCUCUGCCCUGCUUAUCAAAGCCCUGCGGGAUCGUUUCCCGGACCUGCCCAUCCACGUGCACACCCACGACACGGCCGGGGCGGGCGUGGCCUCCAUGCUGGCGUGCGCGGAGGCUGGCGCCGACAUCGUGGACGUGGCCGUGGACUCCAUGUCGGGGAUGACGUCGCAGCCCAGCAUGGGCGCCAUCGUGGCCUGCACCAAGGGAACGGACCUGGACACGGGCAUCGCCCUGGAGAAGGUAUUUGAUUACAGCGAGUACUGGGAGGUGACGCGUGGUCUCUACGCCGCGUUUGACUGCACGGCGACCAUGAAGUCGGGAAACGCAGACGUUUAUGAGAACGAGAUCCCGGGAGGGCAGUACACCAACCUGCACUUCCAGGCUCACAGCAUGGGGCUCGGGAACAAGUUCAAGCAGGUCAAGAAGUCCUACGCCGAGGCGAACAAGCUCCUGGGAGACCUGAUCAAGGUGACCCCCUCCUCCAAGAUCGUGGGGGACCUGGCUCAGUUCAUGGUGCAGAACGGCCUAAGCCGGCAGGAGGUGGAGGAGCAGGCGGACGAGCUGUCCCUCCCCCUGUCUGUGGUGGAGUACCUGCAGGGCUACAUCGGGGUCCCGCAUGGGGGCUUCCCUGAGCCUCUGAGAUCCAAGGUUCUGAAGGACCUCCCUCGUAUGGAGGGUCGCCCCGGGGCCUCGCUGCCCCCCCUGGAUUUCGAGGCGCUGGAGAAGCAGCUGAAGGAGAAGCACCGUGACGAGGUCACCCCAGAGGACGUCCUGUCGGCCGCCAUGUACCCCAAAGUGUUUGACGAAUUCAAGGAGUUCACCUCUCAGUUUGGGCCGGUCGAGUGUCUGAACACCAGACUCUUCCUGGAGGGGCCCAAAAUCGCGGAGGAGUUUAAGGUGGAGCUGGAGCGGGGGAAGACUCUCCAUAUCAAAGCCCUGGCUCUCGGAGAUCUGAACCAAGCAGGGCAGAGACAGGUCUUCUUUGAGCUCAACGGUCAGCUGAGGUCCGUGCUGGUCAAGGACACAGUCGCCAUGAAGGAUUUGCAUUUCCACCCCAAAGCUCUGAAGGAUGUGAAGGGCCAGGUGGGGGCCCCCAUGCCUGGGAAAGUCAUCGACCUGAAGGUGAAGGAGGGGGACCCCAUCGAGAAGGGGCGCCCCCUGUGUGUGCUGAGCGCCAUGAAGAUGGAGACCGUGGUGAACUCUCCCAUGUCCGGGACCGUCAAGAAAAUCUACGUCAAAACCGACAUGAGCCUGGAGGGAGACGAUCUGAUUCUGGAGAUUGAAUAAACCAGAACAGAAUUAUCAUCAUCAUCGCAAUAAAAACAGCAUCCAUCCCUUCUAAAAGUUUCCCCAUUGCAAAAGCAAAGUUGGGUAAAGCAUACAAAAGCCCAGAGAUCUGUAGUAAAACUCAUAUAAAAGAGACGCUGAUAAAUAUAGUAUAACCAUGGGGGGGAGAACUACACACAUACUAGGACACUUUUAGAAGGGAUGUCUUUUCUGAAUUAAAUUGGAGCACCAUUCCAUUAUUACUCAAAGGUUAGAAACUCUAGCCCUGCUGCUGCUGCUGUUGCACCCAGUCCUGUGUUUCAUUAUUAAUUAUUAAUAUUGAAAUGAUCAGGAGCCAGGAGUUUGAGCAGGGUUAGAAACACUCACACUAGCCGUGCUGCACGUUGUAAUAAUGAUCUGUAAUAAGUGUUCAGCUGCCUGUUUCGUGUUGCUAGGUGAAACAAAUAGUUUAUACGUAUUUAAAAUACACAUGUAUGGAAACAUAUAUUGUCUGUGCAAAAAAAAAAAAAAGUAUUUGAAAGAAGAAAAAAAAAAACUCUGAACAGCAAAAAAAGUUAUUAAAAGUUGAAUUUAAAUUUGUGUUAAGAACUGGUCAAAUAUGUUGCUCUAGACGUCCGCUAUAGAAGAAAAAAAGAUGUCAAGUUAUAGCUUGUUGGUGGGUUUGUCUUUUUCCUCAUUGGCCAAUCAGCAGGAGAAGGGCGUGGUUAUAAGAUCUAAACUCUUAAAGCGCUGAAGCAAGUAUAGUACAGUAUUAAAAUAACAGAUUUGAGAAUCUUACAGAAAUCACAAAGAGAUGGUUUAGUUGUGACGGUUUACAUGGUUGACUGACUUUCUGUAUUUUAAUAUCUGUCAUCUCAAAUUCCUUAUAUAUGUGCAAUGUUAGUAACAUAAUCUGAUUUAGAUCUGUGGUUUACGCUGGCUAGAUCAGUCUGCUGUGUUUUUGCUGGUAUUACCCGCUCUCUACUCCUUGUUGAAAUGUGAUUUUCACAGCUUGCACCGCGCUUGAUUCCAAACCAGUGCUUGCCUUCACCCCUCUGUCUAAAUACAUUACGCAGUCUUGGUGUGAACUGAUGGCAUUGCUAAGCUUUUCUAUUGGACAGCUAUGUAGGAAAAAAAAAAAAAAAAAAAAGCAGAAUAGCUACCGGUUCACUGGCCUGGGUAGGGUGACCAUCUGACUCCAUGUACAGCAGGACAGUUCGGGCUUUUCAACUCGGACCCCAGUGCAUUCUGGUACAUGUAGUCCUGCUGUGAAAGGUACCAGAAUGCAUUGCAGUGUUAGUUGAAAAGUCCAAGCUAUCCCAGCGCACAUGCCUAGUCCUGGGUAGGACGGCAUAUACAGCUAUAGAGUAAUUACUAGAUCUUCUACACUUCUCUAUUGUAGAAUACAGAAUGUCUUAUUUGUAGUUCACCCUAUAUAUUUUUGCAUUGUGCUACACAAACUUAACUCUGUUUAAAAACUGAUUUUGGAUGGUUGGAAUUGACAGUUUCCCUGGAGUAUAUUUUAUUCUUCCGAAAUAGCCAGACAGAAAAUUAAAAACAGGGUGAUCAAACUGCCUGGUCUGAUUUAGACUCCAGCGUUUGAAAGUCUUAAUGAAGAAAUCUAACCGGUUAGCCAGACUCUCUAGUUUACAAUGUGAUCUCCGACAGGGUAUAAAAAAAAAAAAAAAAAAAAAAAAAAAGGCGUUUAUAUUGAUGGAUAUUGUCUGUAUUCUGCUGUUGCUUUUGUAGUUUAAGAAACUGUCUGCUAAUUUGAAGAAAAAGAGACAAUCUCUUCCAUGCGGUUUAGCCUUGAAUAAUAAAAAAUAAAAAAAUCUUUGAAACUGGA